GCCACGGCUCGGCUCAGUCAACAAGAAGCAGGCGGGGACAGUGGUUUCUUCCGCUUGGGCUUUGGUUCUCUAUUGCGCCAAGGCAGCGAGUGACGGUGGAUUGGCCGAGAGUGAGAGUUGCAAAGGGAGGAGAAGCCAAGGGGGCUCAGCUCCGAAGAGAGUGACGAGAGGAGAUCAUUCUGGGUAGAGCAGGAAAGCAGGAAGAUGUGCAUGGACCGAGCUGCCGUGCCGGUGAAGAGGGUCUGGCUCGGCAUCGCCGCGCGCCUUGGAUUCCGGCGAAAGACCGGCCUGAGGAAGCUGAGGAAGGACGUGCGGACGUGCGAGUACCGCGACGUGCAAGUCAUGUGGGAGAUGCUGAGGACGACGGACGCGCCGGUGCCGCUUGCGGAGAAAGAGGCCGCCGCCGCCGCGGCCGUCGCGGCGGCCGCCGGCGCCAGGAAGAGGAAGAACGCGUGGAGGCGGUUCAUCUACUACUGCUGCGCGUUCUGAGCGACCGCUCAGCCGGUAGAAUGAACGGUGCAAACAGCAUCUCUGCUGACCGUAGCUUGUGAAAUAUCAAAGACCGCUAGCUUUCUGGUCUCGACGUCUCCUGCCCUCAAAUCCAGAGCUCGGGUUCGGCUAUAAUCUCGGCGGCGGCGAGCUUCUAAGGAGCUCAUUCGAGACUGACCCCAGGCGAAGAUCGAGAGAUCCGUCGUCCAGGCGAGGAGGGAGCGAUCGUGGGGCGAGAGAGGAUGUGGUACAUAGGCAGAGCUUGGAAUAAAUGUAGAGAGAAAGAGGAUCGCGAGUUGAUCGGGAUGUACAAAUGGUUUUGGUUUGUAUCAGUGAAAAUUCUCCUAAAAAAGAGACUCAUCCUAGUGAAAAAAUAACUUUUUCCUCA